AUGGCCAUGGCAUCGAUGUGUCUCCGUGGGGGUGACACCGGUACCCCAGAUGAGAACACCGGAGUCCUUGGGGAAAUGCACAACAACUCAAGUCAACCAAACAGCACUUGUCAAUCACCAGAAUUGCAAAUCACGGAUGAUCCAGGCUUUUCGGUCACCAUCCCCAGACCAACAGGUGCUAGUGGACGUUCCGCAACCCGAUUCCCUGUGACGAUGACGGCCUCGAUUGUCUCUUGCCCUCGUGCUCACGAUCAUUUACCGGUCUGA